AUGGCUUCGGAAUCCGUCAACCAGCUUCACUUCCUCUUGAUUCCCUUACUAGCCCCUGGCCACACCAUCCCCAUGAUUGACAUCGCCAAACUGCUCGCACAGCGACCCAAUGUCAAGGUCACCAUUGUCACCACACCCAUCAACGCCAUUCGAUACAGCCCUACCCUUCAAGACCACAUCAACUCCGGACUCCCCGUGCGUUUCCUUGAACUCCCAUUUCCGGCGGCUGAGGCUGGACUACCGGAGGGAUGCGAAAGCGCCGAUGCUUUACCUGGUCUACAUCUACUCCCAAACUUUUCCGUUGCAGUUGACAUGCUACAAGAGAGACUCGAACAACGUUUUGAUUCGCUGGAGCCUCGGCCUAACUGUAUUAUAUCCGAUAAAUACAUGCUCUGGACUGCUGAUACCGCGAUCAAAUAUCAAAUACCCAGAAUCAUAUUUGAUGGUAUGAGUUGUUUCAAACAGGUGUGUACUCAUUAUCUUUACGCCUCCAAGGUGCUCGAUGAUUUGCCUGACUCAGGACCUUUCAUUCUCCCUGGAUUACCUGAUCGUAUUGAGAUAACCAGAGCACAACUCCCGCCCGAAUUCAACCCUAGUCCUUUCGCUUCACCUGAGCAUCUUGAAAAAGUAAGAGAAAUCGAGUCAAAAGCUUCCCUUAAUUACGGGAUAGUAAUCAAUAGCUUUGAGGAGUUAGAGCAAGAAUACGUUCACGAACUCAAGAAGCUAAAAGGAGGUAAAGUCUGGUGUCUAGGACCUUUAUCGCUAUCAAACAACAACGAUUUGAGUAAAUCCCUAAGAGGAAAUAGCACCUCAUCAAUCGAUGAUCAGCAUUGCUUGAAGUUUCUCGAUUCCAAAAAACCCAAAUCUGUAAUCUACGCCUGCUUGGGUAGCAGCAGUCAGGUCAUCCCUGCACAACUGAUCGAGUUAGGUUUAGGGUUAGAAGGAUCUAAUCACCCAUUCAUAUGGGUGAUUAGAGCAGGUGAUAGAGCGGAAGAACUCGAAGAAUGGAUAACACAAAAUGGGUUUGAAGAAAGAAUAAAAAACAGGGGGUUAAUAAUCAGAGACUGGGCCCCACAACUCCUGAUCUUAUCACACCCUUCAAUUGGGGGGUUCUUGACUCAUUGUGGGUGGAAUUCGAUUCUCGAAGGGGUUUCUGGUGGAAUCCCGUUGAUAACUUGGCCUCAGUUUGCAGAGCAGUUUCUGAAUGAGAAGUUAGUGGUUGAAGUGUUGCGGAUUGGUGUGAGUGUUGGAGCUAAAGUUAUGGUGCAUUGGGGUGAGGAAGAUCGGUUUGGGGUUACAGUGAAGAGUGAGGAGGUGAAGAAGGCGAUAGAGAAAGUAAUGGAUGAUGGGAUUGAAGGAAAUGAGAGAAGAAAAAGAGUUAAAGAACUUGGAAUGAAGGCAAAUAAAGGAAUAGAAGAUGGAGGCUCUUCUUACCUCAACUUGUCACUACUUAUACAUGAUGUUACACAACUUGCAAAAAAUUAA